AUGGAAGAUGUCACUAUUGACACUAGAAGACCUCUGAAUGCUCGAAAUUUGAAGAGUAUAGGGGUAAUUGAGAAAGUCAGAGCUAAACCAACUCUAGACACUUCCUGGGAAGCACUGAAGGACCAGAGGAAGAUUCCCAACGGUCUUUAUCUUUUCUCAAAGAUUGACCCUCCAGAAGUAGUGGCUCACUAUCUAAAUGACCUUGCAAGCCAAUGGGUGGAUAUUUCUGAGUUCUCCAUGGACUGGGUGCCUGAGCAUCCACCAAACUUCAUGAAGAGGAUGCGAGAGCCCUCUGAGAAGUCCAAGAAGGAAAAGAAGGCAAAGUUGGGAGAAACCUUCGGGUCAAGACCUUCAGUCCCUCUGGCUAAUUCUCCAAGUAAGUUUAUGCCUUCUUCUCGCUCUAUUAAAUUAAAGCCUAUUGCUUCUUCUCUCCCCCAAAACACUCCCAUAUACACCCGAUCAGAAACACCUUCCUCCACUACCAGAACUUCUAACCCACCAUCUCUUAAAUUUAAUCUCGCAACCACUACCCUACCCGUUUCUAAAGCAGAAAUGCUGAAAGAAACCACCUCACCAUCAUCUUCCUCACCUUCAUCCCCGCCAUACUACAUUCUCUCAUCAGACAAUGAACCCUCUGACCCCCAAUCCCCCACUCUAGCUCAACCUCAGGCACAUGCUCUGGCCUCACAGCAGCCACCACAACCUGAACCUGAGCCUGAAGUCACCUCUCCACCUUCUGAACAACAAACAAAUCCACCUCCUAAACAACCAGUACCUUCACCAGCUGAACAUCAACCGAGUCCACCUCCUGAACAAACAACACCAACUCCCUCUGAUAUUCCCCCACUACCAACCUCUGAAGACAUCAUCACUUCUCCAAAUCCCGCUGACACCUACCCAACUCCACCAUCCUCUCCAUCCUCUAACCCUGAACCAGAAACUGCCUUCCCCAUAUUAGAAGAAGCAAUAACUUUAUUUGCAGAGUCUUCAGUGGAGAAGAUCAAGUCUCUAGAUGCUGGAAUAAGGCUACAGGCUCGCUUGGCCAGAGAGGCUGAGGAAAAGGCCAGGAAGGAAGUAGAAGAGAAAGCCCGUCUGGAAGAAGAACAAAGGAUCAGAGAAGCUGAAGAAACGGCUACUGCUGAAGCUGCUGUUGAUGCGACCGCUGUUGAGGCUAAGGCAAAAGCAAAAGCCAAAGUUGAAGAGGCAGCAUGCAUUGCUGCAGAGGAAGCUUCCAAGGCCAGUGUUGAUGCUCUGACUCAGGGGGAGCAAUCCAACUCUGGAUUUUCCCCUAUGGUUUUGAAGACUCUAGAGGAACUGCAAAAGGAACAACAAGUUGUGAGAGCAAGGUUGGAUCACCAGGACUCUGUCAACACCAACAUUCAGAACCUGCUGACUCAACUACUUCAAAGGAUGCCUUCGCCCCCAAACCCUUAG